AUGGCCAUCGACAUCAUGGCGGAGGUACCCAGCAUCUCUGCAGCGCCAUCGGCCUUACAACCCGGCAAGGUCGACGACGCUGCCAUCUUAAGGUGCAUAGACAAGCUUCAGACAUGGGAUACAUCGAGAUUUGAGGUCCUGGCAACGCUGCAGAGUUGCCCGCGAAACGCUGGGCAAGUAAGACUCGUGCAGGAUCGGUCAACGGGGCAACGGCUGGCUGUGAAGCGAAUGCCACUGACUUGGACCUGCGAGGAUGCAGAGUCUUUCUCCACGGCGCACCCCAUGGAGACGGAGGUGCCCUGGAUGGACAUGGCUGCUACCAGGUGGCUGAACAUCGUUGGCUUUCAGCACUGUGUUGAGUAUUGGGGAGUGUUUCUGGACGAUGACUACGUGGCGUUUGUCAUGGGUUUGGCAGAGGGCGGUGACCUCUUCACCUUUGUGGAUGCAAUGGGAUUGCCAGAACCUGGCCCUGUCCUUGAAGAAGCACUGUGGCCUAUAGCUGUUGAGUUCCUGAGCGCUGUAUCUCGUCUUCAUCAGCUUGGCUUGGCUCAUCGAGACCUUUCGCUGGAGAACGUGCUGUUGGCCAGCGCGAAGGGUGGACCCAUUUAUUUGAUCGACUACAGCAUGGCCACGACCAAGAGAUUCCAGACAGGACCAGCCUGCGGCAAAGCAUCCUACAUUGCGCCAGAGAUGCAUCUGGGCAGCGGCUAUGAUGCUUUUCAGGCUGAUGCGUUCUCCUGUGGAGUCAUCCUCUACGCGUUGUUUGCCAAGGACUAUCCUUGGAUAUCAACCAGAGUGGGUGCAUGCAAGUGUUUUGAGUACGUGCGCAAGCAUGGUUUUUUAAAGUUCAUGGCAAAGCGGCGAAUCAUCGUGGGAGACGACAAGAAGCCGGUCGACAAGGUGAUGUCCAAGCCCUUUGCACAGCUGCUGGACGGCCUUCUCCGCUUUACGCCUGAGGAACGUUUAGCAAUCCUCGAUGAAGAUCGUCCAGGCCGCAGCGCUGGAAGUAUCUGGGCCCAAGCUUGGUUGAAGAAGGCAACCAGCGCGCCGCCUGAAUCUAUCGCAUAA